AUGAAGCUUUCACUCUUCUCCCUCACGGCUGUCGUGGCCUUGUCAGUCUUGCUGACUCCUGCAUCCAUCAGCGCCCUGCCUGCGCCCUCCAACGGUGUUGUCUCGUUCAACAACCAUCGCGUGGUCCGCAUUAACGUCCGCAACGAGGCCGAGCUCAAGGCCCUGACCGACAACCAGGAUUCCCUUGGAUUCGACUACUUCACCCAUGAAAAGGUCAUUGGAGCACACAUCGACAUCCGCAUCCCACCACAGUCGUUCUCCAAGUUCCAGGCCCUGAAACUCGAUUAUUCCACUCUGGUCGAAAACCUGCAGACGGUCCUCGAUCAAGAGAAGCACGAGAACGAUCAGUACCAGCAGGUGUACGCGGCCGCGGACACCUGGUUCCAGGGAUACCAUAGCUAUGCUGAUCACCAGAGCUGGUUGAGCACCCAGAUUGCCAACAACCCUGGCAAGGCCUCGAAGAUCAGUGCCGGAAAGUCGUUCCAGAGUCGUGAUCAGGCCGGUAUCAAGAUUGGAAGCGGACCUAACCAUGUUGUCUUCCACGGUACGCAGCACGCGCGUGAGUGGAUUAGUACCAUGGUCGUUGAAUACCUCAUUGACCAGCUGCUGAAGGGCACUGACUCGCGUGUGGCCGGUUACUUGCAAAAGUACACGUUCCACAUCAUCCCCAUCAUGAACCCCGAUGGUUUUGUCAUCACCCAGACCUCGGACCGCAUGCACCGCAAGAACGCCCAGAGCAACGGAGGAUGUCUCGGUACUGACACCAACCGCAACUGGGGCUUCAAGUGGAACACUGGUGGUUCUUCCUCCAACCCCUGUGCUGACGACUACAUGGGUCCCAGUGCCUUCUCGUCGCCCGAGGCUACAAACAUUGCAGCCUACCUGCGCUCGCUGCCCAAGGUCGUCUCCUACAUCGACUUCCACUCUUACUCUCAGCUGUGGAUGGUCCCCUACGGCUACACUGGCACCCGCCCUGGGACCUACACGUACAUGAACGGCCUCGCACAGAAGGCCGCCGCAGCUCUCCGCGCCGUCAACGGUGUUUCGUUCACAACCGGUGACAUCUACAACACGAUCUAUCCUGCCUCGGGUAGCUCUACCGAUUAUGCCUACAGCAUUGGUGUUACCGCACCCUUCGCCGUUGAGUUGAGAGAUACCGGACGCUACGGAUUCUCUCUGCCCGCCGCUCAGAUCCUGCCCUCCGGUACCGAGACCUGGGCUGCUUUCGCCGCCAUCCUUGACAACAUCCAGGUCUAA